UGUCCAUUCGCUGUCCACUUCCUGGUGUUCAUCUCAAAAGAGCUGCUAGCGGUUAGCGAUGUUUACGGUCGGAACUGAGACCGGGCAAAAUACAUAAUUUGCUCUCUACCGCAGAUCUGAGGGACGUGUGUUGUGUUUUUAUCGAGACGUGUAACGUUAUCCGAGAAGACAUUUUCACAAUGAUAGGACGAUGCGAUCAGUGUCAGAUCAGGUGAACACGGCGCUAUAUCGGUCAGAUUUCUAUCCUUUUAUCUUUAUGCUGAGACGAGGCAAUUCCCAAAGCUAGACUGAUAUUUCGGAAAACAAAAGAACAUAUCAGUUUGUUUUCAUUUUUAUUCGGUGUUGUUCUUACGUUGUUGUUCAUAUCGUGGAAGAUAACAGGAUCACUGAUGGCGUCAAAAUCUAGGGUCUCCAUUCUGGAUUAUUUCAAUAUCGUCUGUGAGGGAGAAAAUGGCAAAAUUGAAUCUAACUGCAAGGCUUGUGGCACAAGGAUCCAGGCUAAACGGACAGUUACUUCUAACUUUGUUACACAUUUAAAGCGCAAACAUCAGGCCAUGUAUGAUGAGUUUGUGAGGAAGAAAGAUGUGAAAAGAGAGGCAAUGCAGAAUUGUACUGGCCCACCAAGUGGUCGAGUGAUCUCUCAAAGCAGUCCUGGCAUAAACAAGUUUGACUACAGUGACCCACGGCAAUCCCUCAUCUCGGAAGCCAUCGCCAAGAUGAUCAUCCGAGACCUGCAGCCGACACAGAUAGUUGAAUAUGAGGGCUUCCGUGAGCUUCUUCAGCUCCUGGAGCCCCGAUACAUACCGGUACCAUGCCAUUACAUACAGCAGCAGCUCCUGCCAGCCUAUGUCUCCCAAGUGCAACUAGCUGCCAAACAGGCUCUAAAAGGAGCAGAGUCCUGCAGCGUGACCCUUGACCUGUGGAGAAGCAGCUUUGUGGAUGCUGGGUAUCUUGGAGUGACUUGCCACUUCAUAAAUGCAGACUGGCACAUUAGAUCCGCUCUUUUGGCUUGCUUACCGCUAACAGACCACAGCAACACUCAGCAAAUACUCAGCGAGUUUGAUGAGAUCUCUGAAUCACAUGGUGUGUCUGGAAAAGUGUUCAGAGUCGUCGCUGACAUUUCGCCUUGUGAAAACAGAUCUCCUUUUCGUCUUCCUGGGUUCAAUCUCAUUGGAAACAGUGAAGAAGAUGAAGGGGAGGAAGAUUGUAGCGAUGAAAAGCCAGGAGCAGGAGAAGCCAUCAGUAGCAACGAGAACCACAAGUCUUUAGAUCAGUGUCUUGGUCGAAGUAGGAUAGACUGUUUUGCCCGAUUGCUAGCUCAGUGUGUUAAAGAAGGAGUUUGCGCUUCCCCUCAGAUAUCACAUGCUCUAAGCAAAGCAGCACACCUCUAUAACUACGUAAUUGCUACAGUGGCCCCUGAAAAACUUGUCCAAGUGUUUGGCUCCAAUACCUCAACAAAUUGGCAAAGACCCUCAUCCAUGGACAAGUGGAACACUCAGUUAAAGAUAUUGCGGCAAAUGGUGGAGUCAAUGGAUUUUCUUGAAGACAUUGUGGAUAGAAAUGACCUAGUUCUCGGUAACCUAGAAAAAGCGGUGCUGCGGGAGCUGGUUGAAGUGUUGGAGCCUUUCGAAGAGGCCUCAGACAUGGUACAAGGAGACAAGCACGUGUCCAUCAGUCUAGGCCUGCCCUGUGUGUUGGGUCUGCGCAAGCACCUGGCUGAGGUCGUAACCCACCAGUGCUCUGCGAUCAUGAUGGGAUUGUCUCAAGCUCUGGACCGCAGACUGGCAGGCAUUCUUGAAGACCCUCUUUACAUAACCGCCACCACCCUGGACCCACAGUUCAAGUUGUCCUGGAGCAGUGACAGUGACUGGCACAAACAAGUGCUGCUGGAAGAAGUUGGAAAGCAUACUCCUUUGAGUCCACUAGAACAUCACUCAGACGCCCAACCAUCCCCGUCCAAACGCUGCAAGCUGUUCUCUUUCAUUAAGCAGCGGCCAACCGCCCAGGCCAAGACAGUGGAGCAGGAGCUGUCCACAUAUCUCCACGAAGAACCCACAGAUGAGGAUCCACUACAAUACUGGAAACGCAAGUCCAUCGAUUUCCCAUUGCUCUCACAAGUAGCCAAGAAAGUUUUUACCGUGCCAGCAACAACCACAUCAGUGGACCAGAUAUUUAGCCUGGUAAGCAAGACUCUCAGACCAGAACAAUGCAGAUUUCUGCCCAAAAACUUGGACACUCUGAUUUACUUGAAGGCUAACUAUAGGAUACUUUGGUCCUAACUGCAAAGAGAGCUUUACAGAAUUUUAUUUUUACUGAUAUCAAACCAAACACCUCAAAAAUACAAAACAGGAAUUGUGCCUGAUAUGCAUCUCACUAUAAAUACUGUAGAAUUACCUGAAAGGAAGCAACAUACUUUUGUCAGGAAAUAAUUCCUUUUUUUAAAUCAUGUACAAAAGGCUAGACUUGAAUUAUAUAAAAUGAACUAAUUAUUAUGGGUAACCAUUUAUAAUAAUUUUCAAAAGUUCAUAUAUAUGUAAUGAAAGUUAUUAUACAGUGUAGUUAACCUAUUAUGACUUUACUUCUAAUCAGACGCUGGUUGCCUUUUUUUUUUUUUUUUUGCAGACUGCAGAUUGCAGUUUUGUGUAUUAACUUUUACUCCCCCAAAAUGCAACAGGAUCAGAUAAGUACAGUGCACACUUGAUUAAUUGUCAAAUAUUUAUAUAAUAAUUCUCCUUCCAUCAGCAUGUUGUAGAAGCCCAGAAAAACCAUUCUUGCAGCUUUCUCAGAACACAUGUAAGAAGAAGAGUUACUUUUCCAGCAAAACAUUAUUAAACAUUUUAUGUAUAUUAGUUAGCUUUAUAUUUAUUCAAGGAAAGAAUUGGUCAAACAGAGUAUACAUUCAGUAUAUCUGACAAGCUUUUUGUUGGGGUUCUUUGUGUACAAAACCUACCCCCUAGAAAGCAGCAGGAAGGUUCGGUAAUUGAAAAUAAUUACAUUUCAGGAAAUAUGGGAAAUUGGAGAACACUGAUGGUGGACUGUAGACUCCUAGCUUGUAGAACUGAAUGGAGAAAGCUUGUGGGAUAUCAAGAAAAGCUGGUGUGUGUUAAAGACUUUUUGUGUGAAAUAAACUUUUCCAUUUCAGUAAAAAAAACUGUUUUAUCAAGCCUGA